AGCUGGUAUAUACAAACCCAGCACCAAGAGGACUGCCAUGGGUGGGCAACAUCCUUGUUCCCCCGUUGAAAAGCCGGAUACCGGUGUACUCGAACCUGUUGGGAGUGAAGCCUCCUGUGGGCAUUGCUGCUCCGCUGGUGUCACCCAUCCCUCCGUGGGUGGACCUGAAUGAUAUGAUUUGCAUUGACUUUCUUCCUAUGCCAGUUAAGGAAAUAACGGAAAACAUGGCACAAGCAACCUUCAUGGACCUGCAUUGUCAUUGAUUAAAUUUUCAUACAUGAUAAAUCCUUGUGUCCCAUGUUGUUUUGGAACAGAUGCAUUAGAAAAAUUCCAUUCAAGUCAGUAACUAGAAUGCUGCUAAGACAGCUUAAUGCAUCAAGUUAACUCUGCAAUACUGUUGGAAAGUCAUAGCCUCACUGUUGAGUCAUGGGCAUGACAUCACUCACAGCCUCUGCACACCUGACCAACAGGGCUACUCUGCUCUUCAUCAUGCUGUUUUGUACAAGGAUCUUGCAACGGUGAAGAAACUUCUCAUGUAUGCAGAUAAAAGGUGCAUAAACAUGGAGAGUCAUGAUCGAUCCACUGCUCUGCUGCUGCUCUGUAAAAACUACUCAGCCUCAGACCUGGAGGAAGAAAUAUUGGCGAGCCUUCUACAUGCUGGGGCAAAUCCUAACCUGCCUGAAAAAGAUCCAUUUUCCCUGCCCUUAUUGUGCGCCUUGGAGAGACGCUGGUGGCGAGGAGCUGAGCUAAUGCUGGACGCAGGGGCGGACGCCACAGCCACGGAUUUUGAGCACGAUGAGCUGCCAGCCACAUUCUUUGCUGGGUAUAAUUUCGAAAUGCUGAGUAACCUUUUGAGUAGAGGAUGUGACUGCCCUCACCUCAAUGGUUGGAUAACUAAUAGAAGUCUAACAGACGCCCAAUUGAAGACUAUAUUGCCGAACAGCGGAUUGUCUAACCCUGAGAAUUAUGAGUAUAGGCUGGAUGUUCUGAUUGAUGCUGUCUCGGUGUCGUACCACGAGAGCGCUAUGUACAUUCUGGAUCAUUGCGCGUUUGACAUGCAGCAAUUUGAGCGUAUUAUCCGUUAUGUAUUUAAACCUAAUAAUGGAAUCAACUGGGCAGAUAAGAACAAGUAUAUAAUUGCCAUGAAGAAGAACAUCUUUAUGAGUGGGUAUAACAAGAACGAUCGACUGAUAUUACUGUUCAUGAGAUGCGCCAGGUCCUGCCCGAUGAUUGAAGACGGAGAAGAGUGUUGCGGUUCGUGCGACGUCAAUGUCGAACAAAUCUGGAUCAUUCUAGAACAUAUUAUUAGACUAGCCGAGCACAAUGGUCUACCCAUCGAGAAGUGGAAGCUAAGCAAGGAACGACUCGAAAUAACAUUUUUCAAUAUAAUACUGGCUGUGGCACAAUAUGAUUAUGAGGGCCCGCAAAUUGAUCUUAACGUCCUCAACCUUGUGCUGCUCGAAACAACUUUAUGUUCGGUUCCCCUCGUCUUGAAGCUCCUGCCACUGAUGAAACAGAAAGGCUUCCGGCUGACAGUGUCAUCUGCGGUAGCAUUCUUAUCUAGUCCAUGCCUUCAAAAAAUUUGCCUAAGUCUUCAAAGAACUUCCCGAAGUCUUCAAACUGACGUUGAUAUCCAAGCCAUUGUGCACUCGCCGGAGUCACCGUAUCGAAUUCUCUUAUCUGAGGUGACCAGGAGCUGCUGUGAAGAGGGGCAGUGCUGGUUCAGGUCGCCCAUGAUGACCGAUUUGUGUACGAGAGGCAUUGUAGCGGGACUUCAUAUCCUUGUGCUUAUGCCGCUCCAUCUCGGCGUGCACGAAUUAUUCCUGCACCCGAAGUAA